AUUGUUUGAACGAUGAAAGUGUUGCUAUUAUUGUCGGUGUUUUAUUUGUACGUAAACUCACUGCCGGUUAACGACAAUGAGUUUACCGGCAAAAAGUGGGUCGUAUUGGCGGCCGGGUCUAAGGGUUGGGAAAACUAUAGACAUCAGUCGGACAUUUACCAUGCUUACCAAAUAAUGCACGCAAACGGCAUUCCCGAUGAGAAUAUCAUAGUAUUCCACUAUGAUGAUAUUGCAAAUAAUCAGCAUAACAAGUACCCUGGUAAAGUGAUUAACUGGCCAAAAGGUCCUGAUGUUUAUCACGACGUACCUAAAGAUUAUACGGGAAAAGAGGUUACACCUGAGAAUUUUCUCAAAGUUCUCGCCGGAGAUAAAGAGUUGGAAAAUGCCGGCAAAAAAGUAUUGAAAAGUGGACCUGAUGAUCACGUGUUUGUGUUUUUCGAUGACCAUGACCUGGUAUGUUUUCCCGAGACUUACCUGUACGCAUCUAAUUUGACCCAGACACUCAAGGAUAUGCAUAAAAAUAAUAAAUACUCGAAAUUAGUGUUUUAUAUUGAGGCGUGUGAAUCAGGCUCUAUGUUUUACAAGCACCUACCUACUGACAUCAACAUCUACGCGACCACUGCCUCCCUUCCCGAUGAGGGUAGUUGGGACAUGUACCCGGACACCUUUUUGGGUACUUCACUAGCUGAUCUGUAUAGUGAGAGGUGGAUGGAGUUCAGUGAACAGCACGACCUGAGGACAGCCACACUUCAGGAGCAGUUUGACUACACCAUGAAAAUGACAAAUAUGUCUCAUUGCCAACAGUACGGGGACCUGUCUAUUGCUAAAUUGCCCGUGGCAGAUUUCCUAGGCUAUAAGCAAACGACAGCGCCUGUAGUUUAUGAAAGGGACGUCCCGUUUGAGUCGACAGAUAACAGGGACUCAGAGCUAGUU